CAGCUGAUUGAUUGUUAUCUUCAAGCUGUCGAUCGGUGCUUUGAUAAACUGAGAGGUUGUAUUGUUAAUCCAUGGCCUCUGGCUGCUCUUGUCGCCUCCGCUGGCCGGAGAGGAAGGUCAGGUGGCUUCCCUCUUCCUCCGCCGUCGGCACGAACGUUGUCUUCUCGAUGCAACCUCAAGCGGCCGGACAGCAGUAAACCGUCUCGCCCAGAUCUAAAACUUGCGGAUGCCGGCAGCGCUGCUGCAGCUGCAGGAGCUGGCGCCGCCCGUCUGAGGGUUUUAUUACAUCACUGGGCAAUGUGUUUCAGUUCCGGUUCGUGCUAAAUAUUUGUUGGCGCUUCAGUGAUUUUCCGCAGACAACUUUCUUGGACAACUACCAUAUGCUGCCAUAGAAAGGGUUUUAUUACAUCAUUGGACAUUGUGUAGCAGUUCUGCUUUGUUCUUUCUGACAAGCUAAGUCACGAAUGGAUAUACAGAUGGAUCAUGAGGUCCUGGAGCAUAUACUUGAUGGAAGAGAGAAGCCGAAAAAUCUAUCACUCGCACUUUUGAAGGAUAUCACAGUAAAUUUCUCGGGUGAUCGAGAAAUCGGCCACGGUGGAUUUGCAACCGUUUAUAAGGGAGUGCUCCCAAAUGGGAACGUUGCAGUAAAGAGGAUAAAGAACAGCCAUUCAAUCAAUGAGACGUUGUUUUAUCGCGAAGUUGACAGCCUGUUGAACAUCGAACACGAAAAUGUUGUACGGUUUCUUGGCUUCUGUGCUAGCACAGACCAAAUAGCCAUACAAAGAGAAGGAUCAAAAGAAUUUAUUUACGCAGAGGUAAGAGAAAGACUACUCUGUUUUGAGUAUAUCAGCAAUGGAAGCCUGAAAAAUUAUAUUACCGAUGAAUUAAGGGGACUUGAAUGGAACACACGUUAUGAAAUAAUUAGAGGCAUUUGUGAAGGUUUGUACCAUCUGCACCGGGAAAAGCAAAUUUAUCAUAUGGAUAUGAAACCUGACAAUAUACUGCUAGAUAAUGAUAUGGUUCCGAAAAUCACUGAUUUUGGUUUAUCGAGACUAGAUGAAAAGUCACACACCAUGAGUGAAGAUCGCUUCGGAUCAGUAGGAUACUGUGCUCCAGAAUACCUACAGCAGGGAAAGAUGUCAUUCAAAUCAGACAUGUACAGUUUGGGUGUUAUAAUUAUUGAACUAGUGACAGGACAAAAGGCGAUCCCCAACAAUAAUAAUGUACUUAGGAGAUGGAGGCACAGGUGGAAGAAAACAGCGAAGGAAUCACCAUUGGUUUACCAACAAGUAGCAAAAUGCCUCGAAAUUGGAUUACUCUGCCAGGAAAUUGAGCCAUCCAAACGGCCUUAUAUAUGGGAUAUGAUACAUGUUAUAAGAGAAACUGAAGGUGCUAAUGGAGAAAUCAGCAAUUCCUAUGAACAUACAUUUGGACAGAUAAGCCCUUACUCGGAAGAUGAUAUGCUUGGAAUUGAGCCACUCCGACUACAUUUUUCGUUUGAGCUUAACAAACAGAUGUCAUGUGCACUUCAGCUAACCAAUGAGAUGGACUGUUACAUUGCCUUUGACGUUGAAAAUACGAGCCCGGUGUCAUACAACACACAGCCACAGAAAGGCAUUAUGCCUCCACGAUCCAAGUGUAAUGUCAAAAUAACAUUGCAACCGCAGGGCAAGGCCCCGAGAGAUCGUGCCAAUGAAUUUGUUGUAUGGAGCACCACAGUGAAUGGUGGCCUUACAAUUGAGGAUAUAACUAGAAACAUGUUCAUUAAAGAGGCAGACAACGUGGUUGAUGAGGUGAAUUUGGAUGUGGUUUUCGAUGGCGGUGAGCCACAAGAAGCAAGUAAGAAAACUAGUGAGCCACAAGAAGCAAGUAAGAAAACUAGCGAGACAAUCCCACCUUUAAUACAGAUCAUAGAUAAUGGUGAAGUUCAGACGAUCAAUUCUAUUGAUUAUAACAGGUCACUCAGAUGGCAGUGGAAGUGCGGCUGCUGCUUGCUGCUGCGGAAGUCUACGCGAGGCUGCUGCUUGCUGCUGCGGUAGUCUAUGUGAGGCUGCUGCUUGCUGCUGCCCCUAUGCUGCUUGUUGGUGCUGCGGCUGUGCUGUUGCUUACGGUCUUUCACAUUUUAGCCAUGCUGCUGCUGCUGCUUUCUGUUGCUUGUCCUGCCUGAUGUGUCGCUUGUCACGGAGUUAAUAUCAUCUACGAUACAUAAACUUGCACGA